CCGCCGGAGCCCAAGGAAGCUCCGCUGGUCCCCCGGGGGGGGACUGGGAACAAGCCCCCCGCGCCCGGGCCAGCCCCCGAGGAGACGGAGAGCGAGAACCUGAAGCCCAUCGUGAUCGAUGGCAGCAAUGUGGCCAUGAGCCAUGGAAAUAAAGAAGUGUUCUCCUGCCGAGGUAUCCUUCUGGCUGUCCAGUGGUUUUGGGAGAGGGGACACAAGGAUAUUACAGUCUUUGUGCCAUCUUGGAGGAAGGAGCAGCCACGACCAGAUGUACUUAUAACAGACCAGUACAUUCUCCGUGACCUUGAAAAGAAGAAAAUUCUGGUCUUCACUCCUUCCAGGCGGGUUGGAGGCAAGCGUGUUGUCUGUUAUGAUGAUCGAUUCAUUGUGAAACUGGCACAUGAGUCUGAUGGCAUUGUGGUUUCUAAUGAUACUUACCGGGAUCUGCAGAACGAGCGUCCCGAGUGGAAGAAAUUCAUUGAGGAGCGUCUGCUGAUGUAUUCCUUUGUUAAUGACAAGUUUAUGCCUCCAGAUGAUCCCUUAGGGCGACAUGGCCCCAGCCUGGAUAACUUUCUCAGAAAGAAACCUGUGGUGCCAGAACACAAGAAACAGCAGUGCCCUUAUGGGAAGAAAUGCACUUAUGGAAUUAAGUGUAAAUUCUACCACCCUGAAAGGAUCAACCAGCCCCAGCGCUCAUUAGCUGAUGAACUCCGAGCCAAUGCGAGGUUGUCUCCUACCAGAAGUACCGGUGCUAAGGAGGAGAAAAAGGGCAAAAGAGGUUCCCAGGCAGAGCUCUUGUGCUCUGUGCCCACAGAGAGUGACAAAAGCUCUUUGCAGAAGGUUUCUGCAGAGAGGAAAAGCUUGGCCCACAAAGCAAAGCCCAGUGAUGUUCCACUUCAGGUCAAAGGCUGUGUGUCAGGCAGUGUCCCCUCUAACAGCGGGAGCCACAGGUCCUCUGACAGGUACCAGCAGCCGCAUAUGGACUCUCUGUCUUACCUCUCUCAGGAGCAUCUUGACUCAGGCAUUGGGUCUCUGGAGAACCAACUGUCUGACAUGUGGCCUUACAGAUCUCCUAGUCACUGUGACCAUUCCCAUGCUGAUCAGGUGGCAGUCUGCAGCUGCGGUAGGCAGAGACCUCUCUACCCCCAUUCUCCCAGCUUAGAGCAAAAUGCUAAUGUGGGGCAGUACAGUCUGCCCAAUGAGUAUAGUGCCCCUCCAGCCCAUUCUCGUGAGUACUGGUCUGAACCGUACCAGAUGCCGCCGCCUCAAGUGAGAUCUGCCAGUGUGCGAGAUCCUCGUUCAGUGCAGAGAGCCCCAGGGCCGGCGUACGGGGACUCCUGCCAGUGGGCUGUCUCUGACCAGUUUGCAGAGGAGAGGGCCAAUGUGCAUGUCAAGCUGUGUGGCAUAUUCCAUCCCCAUUUAGUUGAUGCUGUGAUGAGCCGUUUCCCUCGGCUUCUGGAUCCCCAGCGGCUAGCUGCAGAGAUACUGAUGUACAAGUCUCAGAACCCAG